AUGGAACGGAGUAAACAAGACUUGGUUAGAUUGGUAUUCUCUUGGUCCCUCCAAGAUAUACUCAACGAUGAUCUCUUUAGAGACAAGGUGAGGCAAAUUCCAACAACAUUCUCAUCAGGAAGUCACUAUCUCGACUCGUUUAUUUUUCCGCUUAUUGAGGAAACUCGUACGGAGUUAUGCUCAAGCAUUAAAAUGGUGUCAAAAGCUCCAGCAUGGGAAAUAACUGAUAUUGAACUUUCCAACGAUUACGAGCCUCCACUUAACUUGUUAUACAAGAUUGAAAUCAGAACAGUAGCGGAUAGUGAUGAAAAUGGGAUUAUUUUCGAGCCUGAGACAGGACAACUAAUUGCUUUGACUGAUAGGAGACCGACAUGCAUUGAUGACUUGAGUAAGCCUGGAAGUCCCUAUAAUAUUGCUUCAAUUAAAAGGGUGAGAAAGAAGGACAAUACUGAAGAUGUAUAUGAGGCUAAAAUACUAAUCUCGAAGCCCUUUGAAUUGGAACAGCACUGGCAAAAGGAUGACACGUUUAUAUAUGGUUUUGGUGUCUAUCUUUGCAACAUGACAACAUUUAUUCGUAUAUGGAAUGCAUUAAACUCAGAUCCAGAUGGCUCAAGCAUCCAUAUCAUUAAGCAACUUUUCCAACCUAAUUCUGGUGUUGGAGAAAAUUGUGCUCAAUGUUUCUCAAGUGAAAAAUGUUCUAUUGAUACAUCAAGACUUGGUGCUGUCAUCCGCUCAUUUGAUUUGAAUGAUGCUCAGGAAGAGGGGGUUUUAAGUUGUAUAGCUGCUAGGGAAUGUUCUCAUAAAAAUACUGUGAAAUUGAUCUGGGGACCUCCAGGGACGGGGAAAACUAAAACGGCUAGUUCAUUAUUAUUUUCCCUUCUCAAGAGGAGAUGCAGAACACUUACUUGUGCCCCUACUAAUGUCGCAGUACUGGAAUUGACAUCUCGGUUUCUGAGGCUAGUAACGAAGUCCUUUGAUUACCUCACUUACGGUCUCGGAGACAUAGUAUUAUUUGGUAACAGAAAGCGGAUGAGGAUUGACAAUCUUGAUGAUCUUUUGGAUAUAUUUCUUGAUUACCGUGUAAGUAUUCUUUCCAAAUGCUUUGCACCUUUGUCUGGUUGGAAACAUCAUUUAGAACUCAUGAUAUGGUUACUUGAAAACCCUGAAAAACAGUAUCUUGAAUACUUGAAUUCCGAGGUAAAGAGGGAUUAUGAGAUAGACGACGAUGAUUGUUUGAAAGAAGAAAAGGAAGUGCUUGCUAUCGCAAGUCAACAAACAAAUCAGGAGAGAAAAAAUAUUGAUUACCAGGAUCCAAAUAUUUCUAAGCAAAAUGAGUGGAAGAGGAUAGUUAAUAAAACUUUAAGAGAAAAUAGGUUGUUUUUUAAGGAGGGAAACAGAUGUAAAUAUGACAAACAAGAGAAGAAGGAUUGUAUUUUUCAUGAGAACGGAAUAAAAAGAUUGACGUUUCAUGAGUUUGUCAAGAAAGAAUUGAACUCCACCAGGAUGCAGAUGAGGACAUUCGCUGUGCAAAUGUGUACUCAUUUGCCAACUUCUUUUGUUUCGUUAAGAGUGGUGAAAAGUUUAUUUGAAUGUCUUGAUUGGCUUGAAGUCCUUGCAACGAUACUAUCAAACAAUUCCAUUACUGAUAAAGGAUUUAAACUCGCCCUUGCUACAUUUUAUACUGAUGAAUGUAAAUUAAGUUCCUCUACUUGGCAGUAUAAGCUGGAUAUGACCAGGAAAGAAUGCCUUAAAAGACUGAAAUCUCUUAGAGAUUUGUUGAUUCUUCCUGAUUUUUUUGAUGAAAAUUCAAUUAAAAGCUUUUGUUUCAAAACAUCCCGCAUGAUAUUUUGUACUGCUUCAAGCUCUUCUAGACUGCACGCAGAAGGGCUAGGUAGACUAGAAAUGUUAGUUAUCGAUGAAGCUGCCCAACUCAAAGAAUGUGAGUCAAAUAUACCUCUACAACUUCCCGGUCUUCGCCAUGUUGUACUUAUUGGAGAUGAGAAACAAUUGCCUGCACUAGUCAAAAGUGAGAUUUCUGAUAAGGCGGGAUUUGGGAGAAGUUUAUUUGAAAGGCUUACUCUUCUUGGUCAUAAAAAACACCUUCUCAAUGUUCAGUAUCGAAUGCAUCCAUCCAUUAGCUUAUUUCCAAAUAUGCAGUUCUAUGACAAUCAACUUUUGAAUUCUUUAAGCGUCAAAGAUAGAAACUACGAAAAACAUUUUCUAUGUGCAGAUAUGUUUAAGUCAUACUCUUUCAUAGAUGUUUCUUUUGGAGAAGAUGAAUUGGAUGAAGGGAACAGCCGAAGAAAUAUGGUGGAAGUAGCUGUGGUGUCUGGGAUUGUUCAUGACCUUUAUAAAGAAUCAGUUUCCAAAAAACAUACUGUUAGUGUUGGUGUCAUAUCACCAUAUAAAGCUCAAGUUUUUGCAAUCCAAGAUGCACUUGACAAAAGGUUUGGCGGUGAUGUCAAUGAUUGUUUUUCUGUGAAGGUUUCCACUGUUGAUGGUUUCCAAGGGGGUGAGGAGGAUGUGAUAAUAAUAUCCACCGUCAGACAUAACAACAUGGGAGUCGUGGGAUUCAUUUCCAAUAUUCAAAGAACUAACGUUUCUCUAACAAGAGCAAGGUAUUGCCUCUGGAUUAUAGGUAAUGGUGAAACUUUGAUGAAUAGUGGCUCCAUUUGGGAGGUACUAGUCGUUGAUGCUAUAGGUCGAGGAUGUUUUCAUAGUGCUGAUGAGGAUGAUAGAUUGUCUCAUUUUAUUACUACUGCCAUUGUUGAUCUUGGUCAAGUCCUUGAUCUACUGAAUACAAAUUCUCUGCUCUUUAGAAAAGCAAGAUGGAAGGUUUACUUUAAUCAAAGUUUUCUGAACUCUAUGGCAAGAAUCAAGAGCACCGAAGAUUGCAAGAAAAUAUGUUCGCUGCUGAUGCUUCUUUCAAGUGGAUGGCAUCAGCCUCACCAGGAUAUAAAUAUCGGAGUUGUAGAUGAUACUUCUUCCCAACUGUUGGGGCUGUGCAAAGUCAAUGAGUUACUUUAUCUCGUAUGGACAAUUAACAUUCUUGAGGAAAACUCAAAUUAUGUUCAGGUUCUGAAGAUUUGGGAUGUUUUGCCAUUAUCCGAGGUAUCCAAGAUGGUGAGGGAUAUUAACAUCUUCUGCAGGAAUUAUUCUACUGAUAUACAUAGAUGCUGCAAAAUCAAGUGUUCUAACGGGUAUAAUUCUCCGAUGAAAUGGUCAACUAAUCUGACUUAUCAAACCAAUCAUAAUCCGCCACAAGAUGAUGCGAUGCAGUUUCUAUGUAACCAACUUGCUUCGCUCCAACUGAGGGAUGUUUAA